AUGUCGACACGAGACGAAGAAGCACGGCAGGUCGCCCCCAUUGCCAUCGUUGGCAUGGCCUGCCGGCUUCCCGGCAAUGUCUCAACGCUGGACGAUUUCUGGACCAUGGUGUCGCGAUCUCGCGAUGCGUGGUCCCCCGUGCCCAAGGAGCGAUUCUCGAGUGAUGCCUUCUACCACCCAAAUCCGCAGAAGGGGGGCUGUUUUAACCAGCGAGGGGGUUACUUUCUCCAGCACGACUAUUCGAAAUUCGAUGCGCCGUUCUUCCAGAUGACGCGGCAGGAAGCAAUCGCAAUGGAUCCACAACAACGGCAGCUUCUGGAGUGCACAUAUGAAGCCCUCGAAAACGCCGGGUUGUCGAAGAUGUCGGUUUCUAGCGGUAAAAUGGGGGUUUUUGUGGGCGGACGAUCACCAGACUAUCGGAUGGGGAAUCUCAGAGAUCUGAACCAGGUCCCUAUGUUUGAUGCCACGGGGAAUCAUCAGUCGAUGCAGGCCGCGUGGUUGUCGUACUAUUUCGAUCUCCAUGGGCCGUGUCUCACAGUUGAUACUGCCUGCUCAUCGAGCGUAUCUGCUCUACACUUGGCCGUUCAGAGCAUUCGAUCCGAUGAAGCUGACGCAGCGGUUGUCGCUGGAUGCAAUCUUAAUCUAGAACCCGCUGAAUUCGUUUCCAUGUCCAUGCUUGGUAUUUUUAAUGAUGAUGGGAGGACAUAUUCUUUUGACCACCGGGCGAAAUCCGGCUUCGCUCGCGGCGAGGGUGUUGGGUGUCUUAUCCUGAAGCCGUUAGAACACGCUAUCCGGGAUAACGACCAUAUUUACUCUGUCAUUGUGAAUACUGGUGUCAAUCAAGAUGGAAGAACAACUGGUAUCACGAAUCCGAGUGGCGAUGCUCAAGAAAAGCUCAUCCGUGAAGUCUACACGCGCGCAGGGAUAUCGACAGAAGAUACAGGUUUUGUCGAAGCCCAUGGGACAGGUACUAAAGUCGGUGAUCCGAUCGAAGCAGGUGUUUUGUCGCGCGUCUUCAGUCCUGGACGGACGAAGCGAUUUCCACUCUAUGUUGGCUCCGCGAAAUCCAACUUUGGUCACUUGGAGAACACGAGCGGUAUAGUCUCGAUCAUCAAAGCCUCACUCAUGCUCGAGAAGGGCUUCAUCUUGCCCAAUGCCAACUUCGAAAAAGCGAAUGACGCUAUCCCGUUCGACAAAUAUCAUUUGAAAGUUCCCACGACUAUUCGCCCCUGGCCCAAGAACAAGCGCUUUAUUAGCAUCAACAACUUCGGGUUCGGUGGCUCCAACACACAUGUUGUCCUGGAAAGAUUCCGACCACCUUCCGACACCGAGACAUCAUUCAUCGAAGCAUCGCCCAGGUUAUUUGUUCUAUCUGCCAAUGACGAAGCGGCAGCAAAGUCCAUGAUGACGAAACUUUCGGUCUAUAUCGAGCAACACCCAGAAGUAUUUCAGAAACGUUUAGCGUACGAUCUCGCAUAUACCCUUGGUCAACGAAGGACGCACUUUCAAUGGCGCGUCGCGAUUGCCGCAUCUGGGUGCAAUGAGCUGGGCGCAGCUCUCCAUGGUGUCGACGUCCGCCCUAAUCGGGCCGUCAAGUCUCCCAAAAUCGCCUUUGUUUAUACCGGUCAAGGCGCGCAGUGGGCUCGCAUGGGUCAGGAGCUCAUGAGCAGUCAUCCAGUUUUUGCGAAUACCAUGAAUGCUGCUGCUGCAUGCCUCGAGAAAUUUGGCGCCGAUUUCCCGUUGAUAGGCGAAUUGUCGAAGGGUGGGAGUGAGUCCAAUAUCAACCAGCCGCAUAUCUCUCAACCUGUAUGCACAGCAAUCCAGCUCGCUCUCACCGACCUGCUCUCAUCCUGGGGUGUUAAGCCAUCCGCAGUGACGGGACACUCUAGCGGUGAAAUCGCCGCUGCUUACUCUGCGGGCGCCAUUUCCUUACAGGAUGCCAUGGCAGUAGCAUAUUAUCGUGGUCACAUCGCACGGAAGAUCAAGCUUGAACAUCCCGAGAUCAUCGGUGGUAUGCUCGCUGUCGGCAAAGGGCCCUUGGAAGUAAAAGCCAUUAUCAAGUCGGCCGGCCUGUCGGGGAUUGACGUGGCUUGCGAAAACUCACCACACUCUGUCACAGUAUCUGGUGAUGAAAGUGCUUUGAAUGAUCUGUCUGCUAUACUGGAAAGCAAAUCGAUCUUCAAUCGCAAGUUGCGUGUCGACAUCGCAUACCACUCCUCUCAUAUGCAGCUUGGAGCAGACGAAUACGGGAAGAUCAUACGACAUAUAUCACCCAAAUUGACAGACGGAAUAGAUUUCUAUUCUUCGCUGCUGGGCCAGAAGCUUGAUACGGGUCUAGCUCUGAAUGCGUCGUACUGGGUGGAAAACUUAACCAAGCCCGUCCUUUUUUCAUCUGCGCUUGAAACUCUUUAUGCUGAGAGUAAGCCAGAUCUUGUCGUGGAAAUAGGACCGCAUUCUGCUCUUGAAGGCCCGAUCAAGCAGACGUUCAAAGGAAUCGGUCAAGAGGCAGCUUCGGAAGUCAAAUAUCUCCCUUCGCUGGUUCGCAACCAGAACGCAACCAUUACAGCCCUCAGCCUUGCAGGAAAUCUGUUCACUAACGGCCAAGCUCUCGAUUUCGGGGCAGUGAACCAGACCGAUGACCAGGCUGUCAAGCCAGUUGUGCUCACAGACCUUUCGCCGUAUGCAUGGUCUCAUCAGAAAUACUGGCACGAAACGCGAAUCAGCAAACAACAUCGUCUAAAGCCAUUCGGUCGUCAUGACCUUCUUGGUACGCUUGAGGAUACGUACAGCGAGGCGGCGCCAACUUGGCGUAAUGUGAUUUCGACUGAUGACCUGCCGUGGCUGCGUGGUCACAAAAUGCAGUCUUUGACGACCUUUCCACUUGCAGGAUACAUUUCCAUUGCCAUCGAGGCAGCCUCGCAGCGAAUUCAGCUUAGAGGCGUCUCAGCAGACCAGAUUGCUGGGUUCCGUCUUCGGGAGGUUCAGGCUUCAAAAGCUUUGAUCCUUGAUGACGGGCCCCCUUACGAGACACUUGUGGCAUUAAAGGCAUACUCCGAGGGUACGCGGACAUAUUCCAAGGAUUGGGAUGAGUUCACCAUCUCCUCGUGGACGUCUGGGAGAGGCUGGCUUGAGCAUUGUCGCGGUCUUAUCAGCGUCAAGAAAGUGCAGUCCGCGAACCCGGUCAAGGCUGCUCAGCUCCAGGGCGUAAUCGGUCGACGAGAGCAUGCGAGCCGUCUGAUCGAUAGCGACCUGAGCUUGGAUCGAUUCUAUGAGGAGCUGCAUUCUCAUGGUGCCGGGUACAGCUCCCACUUCACAAUCCGGCCCGGCAGCAUCCUCAAGGCACGAGGAGAAUAUUCCACUUGCAAUGUCACCGUGCCAGAAACAGCAUCAGCCAUGCCAUACUCUUACGAGACGCCUUCGAAAGUUUCAACCCCGUUCAUGGACAUAUUCUUCCAGCUUGUCUUUCCAAUCCUGGGUGCUGGACGCGGCGAACUGCAAUCUCUUUACAUGCCCUCGUCGGUCAAGGAGGCCGAGAUUAGCUGCUCACUCCCCAGUCAACCGGGUGACCAAGUGCAAGUGGUGGCACAUGGUUGUCCAGAUUUCUCUAACCCCGGACCUGUUGACUUCAACUUGGAAGCCUGGCAUGACACGCAGACUGAACCCGUUGUCAAAAUCUCCGGGUUCAGGAUGACGCCGGUGUACAGUGACAAUGAAGACAGCCAAGGGGUGCGAUCUUUAUGCUACUCCUACGACUGGGUCCCUCUUGAAAAGCUUCAGGCCAAUGGUGCUGGCCAGAAUGGAAACCACACGAAUGGUGACAAGGCUCUGGGCAACGGUCAAUCCGACGGAUCAACUAUUAACGGCACUCUUUGCGUCCACGGCAACCAUGUGCCCUCAACACCAAGCACCCUCGACACUGACUUGAUUCUCGUCACCGAUAGAAACGAUAAAAACCCACUUGUGUCUGCUCUGUCGAAUCUCAUCGAACUCCGAACCGGAUAUAAACCUCGCGUCUCGCCUUUUUCCCAUGUACAAAUUUCGCCUUCCGCUCAGUAUAUUUUCUUAGCCGAGUUGGAUGCACCGAUUCUCCAUAACGCAACUGCUGAGGUGUUUGACCGCUUGAAGAAGCUGUUGACUACGUGUUCUUCUGUCCUUUGGGUCACCUCUGGUGCCUAUCAUUUUGCCGAACACCCUGAGUGCAACAUUAGCCAAGGGUUUCUCCGCACUAUUCGUUCCGAAUCCUCCAAGUCUGCGGCUACGUUGGACCUAGACCCCAAUAGUCAGCUGGGAGACUCCGAUCGUGCCAAGCUGAUAUUGCAGGCGAUAGAGUCGUCGUCUUCUCUGCCGGAGGAUGGUACCCCGGUAGAUUACGAGUUCGCCGAAGAGGAUGGUCAUCUAGUAGUACCUCGCGUGGUUGAGCGAGAGGACAUCAACCUGUCCCACCAUCGUGCUACGCAGUCAACAACACCUUAUCCCCAGGACUUUAACCAACCAGGCCGCAGACUCAAGGUCGCUGUUGGAACAUAUGGGUCGCUUGACUCGAUCUACUGGAAGGACGAACCGGAACAACCUCUGACAAACGAUGAGAUCGAGAUCAAGGUGGCUUUCACUGGCAUGAACUUCAAGGAUGUUGUCAUCGCAAUGGGCCAAGUUGCCAGUCCCUACCUCGGCGUCGAGUGCAGCGGCACUGUCUCUCGUGUUGGAUCACAAGUCAACACUCUCAAGGUCGGUGAUCGCGUUUGUGCCAUGUCCCUCGGGGCUUAUGGCACGUACGCGCGAUGCCCGGCCACAAGCGCCGCCAUCAUCCCCAAUGACAUGACAUUUGAUGUUGCGGCCUCUAUCCCAGUUGUGUACAGCACAGCUUAUUAUGGGAUUGUCGAGCUCGCACGCCUACAACCGGGAGAAACGAUUCUGAUCCACGCAGCGGCCGGUGGUGUCGGACAAGCGGCCAUCCAGCUUGCGCAAGACAUCGGCGCCGAGAUUUUCGCAACCGUCGGAAGCCUCGAGAAAAAGCAGUUCCUCAUGGAAACGUAUGGCAUCAGCGAAAAUCACAUCUUCUACAGCCGAGACACUGCCUUUGGGCCUGCCCUCCGCGAAGUCACCGGAGGCAGAGGGGUUGACGUCGUGAUCAAUUCCCUGGCGGGCGAUAUCUUGCGCGAAUCGUGGGAGUCCCUGGCAGAGUUUGGACGGUUUAUUGAGAUCGGAAAGAAGGACAUUACGUCCAACACUGGGCUUGAGAUGUCGAAAUUCGAGCAGAAUUGUACAUUCAGCUCGGUCGAUUUGACGCUGGUUGCGGCGAAGAGACCAAAGAUUAUGGGGCGGGUAUUGAGUGCUGUGAUGAGGUUGCUCGAUGACAAGACUGUCAAGCCGAUUACGCCAAUCUCGAUUGUUGGGAUUUCCGAGGUUGAGGUUGCUUUGCGAAACCUGCAGAGUGGAAGGACUUCGGGCAAGGUCGUGGUGAACCAUCUUGUUGACGAGCAAGUCAAGGCUACGCAUCCAACGACCUACAGCUUCCUAGACGGAAACGUUACGUAUUUGAUCAUUGGUGGCACUGGAGGUAUUGGUCGCUCUAUGGCCAGACGAAUGGUGGAGCGUGGAGCGCGCCAUAUCGUUCUGCUUUCUCGGAGUGGGAGAAUGAACAGCCAGCUAGAGAAACUGAUUGUCGAAAGCCAGACUGCCGGAGCAUCUAUAUACGUGAUGCCGUGUGAUGUUGGCGACCAGACUGCAGUGACAUCUCUGGUCACAUAUUUGCAGGCGACUCUGCCCCCGAUCCGAGGACUCGUCCACGCGGCGAUGGUGCUCAAGGACGUUCUUUUCGAGCAAAUGUCGUUUGAGGACUAUCAGUCCGUGCUGCGGUCCAAAGUUUCUGGCGCAUAUAAUUUCCAUCAAGCCCUUCUCGACACCCCGUUGGACUUCUUCGUCAUGCUCUCCUCGGUGGCUGGUAUCGUGGGCAACAGAGGCCAAGCGGCGUACGCUGGCGCGAAUACCUACCUCGACGCAUUGGCUCGCUUCCGUCGUCGCAAGGGCCUUGCGGCCUCGUCGCUUGACCUGACAGCUGUCGAGGACGUCGGGUAUCUGGCGGAGAACGCCUCUCGCCAGGCGCAGGUCGCCAAAAACAUCUCCGGAUCGGCAAUGAACGAAGCGGACGUCCUGGCGUUAGUGGAGAGCGCGAUGGCAGGCAAACUGGGCACCGACCAGUGCAUCACAGGGCUGCACUUUGAAGACGCGUCUUCAUUGCCGUACUACGCCUCCGAUGGCAAGUUUUCGCAUCUCCGCGAUGCGGCCCUUGCCAGAUCGGCCGCUGCCGACGCCAGCGGAUCAUGCUCGUCGGCCGAGCUCCCGAUCGCAGUCCAGCUGCAGCGGGCGUCCCUUACGGAAGAGGCGCGGGAGCUUGUUGCGACUGGGGUCCGACACAAACUUGCUGGGAUCUUGAUGAUCUCACCGGAGGACGUGAAGGCGCAGCCCGCGACGCGGUCCAUCAGUGACAUUGGGCUGGACUCGCUCAACGCGAUUGAAUUGCGGAAUUGGAUCAGUAAGGAGAUACAUGCGCAUCUACAAGUGCUUGAGCUUCUUACGAGUGGGAGCGUGGAUGACUUGGCGGCUUUGAUUCUGCGGAAAACGAGUCUUAAGGGUGUGUGGUCCGAGGAGAAGUGA